GCUUGGCAAGCAAAAUAGACCUCAAUUGUUGGUUGAAAAAGAGAGCAGCACACGCAGAUAAGAAGAGCACUCCAUCCCGGCUUCCCUCGGGUCUAUGUACGGAUUACAUCACAGAACUCAAUUUCCUGCGCCGGCUCGUUAGUAUACACAUCAAGCGCAGAUCCGUGGCCAGAACAGACUAUUAGCACGCACCUCCAUUGCUUCUCAGUCCUAGUAAUGGCUCACGAUCCAGGUUCGGCCCAUGCCGACGACAAGAUGGCGAGGGUUCUCGCCCUGGAUGAAAACGGUGCACCCCGUCAAGAUGGCGCCGACCAGGCCGGACACCAGGGCGGCAGCAGCAGCAGCAGCAGCAGCAGCAACAACAACAACAGCAACAAUAAUCGGGAGCCCAUCCGAGAGUACAGCGUCGAGCGGGUUGAGAAGGUUUACCGCAAACUUGACCUUCGCAUUAUCCCCGCCUUCUGGGCGCUCUACUUUCUCAGCUCGGCCAUCCGCUCCAACAUCGGCAUCGCGCAGACCAUGAACAAGACCGAGGGCCACGACCUGGCCUCGGUUCUGCGCCUCUCGCCGCGAGACACCUCCACCGCGCUGGCCCUCUUCUACGUCUCGUACGUCCUGUUCGACCUGCCGUCCAACCUCGUCAUGAGCCGCCUCUCGCCGCGCGUGUGGAUGGCCCGCAUCGUGCUCGCCGUCGGCGUCGUGGGCACCUGCUUCGCCGCCGUCAACGACGCCUGGAGCCUCAAGCUGCUGCGCUUCCUUCUCGGCGUCGUCACCGCCGGCAUGUGGCCGGGAAUGGCCUACUACCUGACCCUGUUCUACCCGCCCUCGCGGACCGGCAAGCGGAUCGGCAUGUACUUCACCGCCUCCCAGGUCUCGGCCGCCGUCGUCGGCCUGGUCUCGGCCGGCUUCCAGAAGAUGGACGGCCUACGCGGCCUGGUCGGCUUCAGGUGGAUGUUCCUCGUCUACGGCCUGUGCGGCGUCGUCCUGGGCAUCUCGCUGCUCUGGUGGCUGCCCGACCGGCCCCUCGCGCCCGGCGAGGUGAGGGCCCGGAGCUGGUACGCGACCUUCCUGCCGCCUAGUCCCGAGCCGCUCCGGGGCGAGGACGCCGUCGUGCACUACCACGACUUGAGGAGGGUCUACCACGCCCGGCCGUGGAACCUGAGGGACCUGUGGCAGGUGCUGAUUGACUGGCGCCUGUGGCCCCUGGUGCUCAUGUACUUCGGCGUCGUCGGCGUCGGCAUCGGCACCCAGCUGUACGGGAACGUCAUCAUCUCGGCCAUCGACCCGACCUUUACCGGUGUCGAGGUCAGCCUGCUGUUCGCCCCGAUCUGGAUGAUGGACUUCUUCGCCAUUCUCCUGGUCACCCCGAUCUCGGACAGGUUCCACCGGCACCGUGCCGCCUUCUUCUCGGCAGCCGUCUGCGUCCAGAUCGCCGGACUGCUCACCGUCACCUUUGCCCUCUCCAACCCCUGGGCCAGAUACGGCGGCCUGCUCAUGGUCGGCUUCGGUCUCGGGCCGACCGUCCCCAUCUGCAUGACGUGGACCAAUGAGAUCUUCCAGCGCCGCCACGGCGAGGUUGGAGUCGCCGCUGCUUCCGCCCUCGUUUCCGGCCUGGGGAACCUCGGCAGCAUCACGACGACGUACGCCCUCUACACGGGCUGGCCGGAGGACGCCGCCAAGGGCCCGCACCAGUACCGCAAGAGCAACUUCACCAUGAUCGGGAUCCUCUGCAUGAGCAUCGCCAGCAGCCUCGUCAUGACCGUGCUGCUCCAGAUCUUUGGGAACCAGCCCAGCAACAAGAUCAAAAACAGCAGCAGCUCCUCGGCCGCCGACCCGGACGAGUAUCUGGACGGCGCAGCGCGUAGGGAAGCCCAGCAGCGUGGAUUCAGCCGCAUGUGGUGGAAUAAGGCCUCCAGCUCGUCCCCUCCAGGGGAUGCUUAGACAAAAAAAAAUAUUGGUAGGGGCCGGAAAGAGGGCGGAAUGAGCUCGCGGUCUGGGAACUGCCGACAAGAAUUACCGCCGAUUCCGCCCUUGUGGGGAGGGUUCUUUUUCCUGGGCAGGAUGUCCUGCCCUCCAGCAACUUC